AUGCAUUUCAUCGUCACUCUUUUGUUCGUUUCUUGCGCUUUGGGUGCUCCACGCGACCUGUCUCGAAGGUCACAAUACGAGGCAGUAAAGAAUCCAAGGAGAGGCCGGUCCGUGAUAUUCAUCACCACUGAGUUGCAGGAGACUGUAACCAAUACCGUCUAUCAAUGUGGACUCUCUUCCAGUCUGGCAUACUCUUCUAUGUCAUCCCCUUCUAGCGAAUCUUCAUCUCAGAUCGAGGCCUCUUCAAACGCGGCCCAAUAUUCGUCAUCUUCGUCUUCUUCCACAGCUGCGAAUCCUGAUCAGGGCUCACCAAGCACUUCUUCCGUGGAAAAUGCGAGUACACCAGCAUCGACGACUUCUAGUAAUGCGGCCGUCAGCUCCUCCUCACCAGCUUCUAGUUCCGAGGCUCAAACUACAUCAAGUGUUCCAUCAAGCAGUUCAAGCCCGAAUAAUGCGGCUGUCAGCACCACGACAUCAGAGCCAAACUCUCCUGACUUGAGCAGUACCGCAGCAGCAAGCACAAUUCAAAGCUCUGCUUCUGCCACCUAUUCAAGCACGACAACUCCGGCCCCUGUCGUCCCUAUCGUCCCUAUAACCACGCUUCUGUCGACUGUUGUAGACGAUGUCACCGACUUCUCAACAGUAAAUGGGAUUUUGAUAUUAAUUUCAACCGUUGAGGAUGACGUUACACAGCAGGUAACUAUAGAAGCCGAUGUCACACAGUUCUCAACUGUGCAAGAAGUCUAUACACAGAUCUCUACAGUGGAAGAUGAUGUUACCAAAGUUGUGACUGUGCAAGCUCAGGUCACGCAAGUUUCAACUGUGGAGAACGAUAUCACUCAAGAUGUGACAAUUCAAGACCUGGUUACGCAAGUUUCUACCGUACAAGAGGAUGUCACUCGGUUUAUUACACAGCAAAUUCAGGUUACCCAAGUGAAUACCGUUGAAGCUGCCGUGACGCAGAUUGUCACGGAGCAAGUUCAAGUCACUCAAGUGGCUACUGUCGUUGAUGUUCAGACUCAAGAAUCUACUGUUAUUGAUGCUCAAACCCAAGAAUCUAUCGUUGUGGAGGUUCAGACUCAAGUAUCUACCAUUAUAGAUAUCCAGACCCAGCAGUCUACCAUUAUCAACUACCAGACUGCAGUGGUUGUGGUAACUGCUUAUGCAACAGCCCCAGCAUGCUCAGCAGUGCCAACUAUCGUGAAUGGUGACUUCGAAACAGGAGACUACAGUGGAUGGACACCUGGAGCUUUUGAUCCCAACUACAUUUCAAUCGGAAAUGGCUAUAGCGAUGGUGAUGGGAUAGAAUACUCCUACACAGGAGAAAACAGCAUUGCAAUUCAGUUCCAGCAAGGAAGACAACACGACACUGUACCUGUGACGCUCUCGCAAACCUUGGCCGUUUGUCCAGGUGCAACUUACGAUUUCGCCAUGUACGCUACCAGUGACGAUUACAACUCCGAACAGUGUUUCGCACAAAUUUGUGCUUACCCUGCAGCUGGAACUCCUCUGUGCGGAAGACCCCAGCAUCUGUUCUUUGGCGAUGAUCCGGAGUAUUCGUGGUCUCCGGUACAGCUCACGUUCCCAAACACGGACUUGUCAUCUUUAAGCCUGGAGGUAACUAUCGGAGCAUGGUGUGCCCCUCAGUUUUCAUCCUGGAGAAAUAAUUGGGAUGCUGUGUAUCUUGACUCGGUGGUUGUCACUGCUGGAGGAGGGGGAUAGACAUAAUAAGGUUUGGCACUUUGCAUGGAUACGGAUAUAGAACAUGGUG